UAUGUUAUAACUAGCCAAAGAAGUGCAUUUGUUAAAGCCCGUUUCCAAUGGAAACAUAAUGUUUGCGCGUAAUACGUGUUUGGUAAAACUGGGUCCUUAGCUUUGCGACGCCUUUGUGUUUAGUUUUGACGGCAACACGUUAAUAUAAGGACGCGCCGCGACGUCGAACCAGAAGCGCCGAAAAAAAUUUUACAACAGUCAUGGACUCCUGUGGCAUGACUUUCAUUAAAUAUCUGUUGUUUGUUUUUAACCUUAUUUUUGCGAUUUCUGGUAUUGGAAUCAUAGUUGCUGGAGCAGUCGUUUUAUCGGAUGUGGCCGAUUUUCACCAUUUUGCAGAUAAUGAUUUACUUGGGCCUCCUAUAGUUUUAAUAGUAGCCGGAGCUAUUGUUUUUGUUGUGGCCUUUUUGGGCUGUUUUGGAGCUAUCAGAGAGUCCUACAACCUAUUGAUAUCAUUCGCAGUUCUUCUUUUGGUGAUUUUCGUUAUCGAGUUAGCGUGUGGCAUAGCCGCCGCUGUUUAUAAGACAGAUUUCCAAGGAACAUUUAAAAACACUUUAAAACAAUCCAUGGCUAACUAUAGCGAAAACGAAGUGGAGAGAAUUGCUUGGAACAACGUACACAAGAAGUUCAAAUGUUGCGGUGUAAGCGGGUUUACCGACUGGCAAUCACAAAAUAUGCCGUUGUCAUGUUGCCAUUCCAUGAGAGACAGAAACGACCCAACCAGCCAAUAUUGCUCCCAAAAUGGCGCCGGGCCCUAUUACUUCAACGUCGGUUGUUUCGACAAACUGGAAAUGAAAAUUCAAUCGAAUACGAAAAUUGUCAUCGGAGUUGGCAUUGGAAUCGCCUUUAUAGAGCUUAUUGGUGUUUUCCUUGCCUGCUGGUUGGCCCAUACAAUAAAGAAAGAAAAUGGCGAGAAAUGAGAGAACAAUUCAGUAGUAGAUAUUUAUGAUCAAAGAAAAAAUAUUUAUGUUUAUUAGAAUGUGUUUAUUAAGAGCAAUAUAUAAAAAAUUAAUAUUAUCGUUUUUGUACAUACAUCAUUAGUUUGAUUACAUUUUUAAAAAACUUAAUUAAUAAAGUUUAUCUAGUGUUGCUGAAAGCUUUACUAAUCCC